AUAAAUACAGUUUAUAAUGAUGCAAUUUAAUAUUGUAAUUAAAUGUUGUAAUAAAGUUUUCUUCCGUAAGAUUUUUCUGAAACCCAUUUAGAUACCAACAAUAGCAUUGUGAUCUGGCCACGUAAUGACUAAUGUAACAGUAAUAUAACUAAUCGAUAUUUCAGAAAUAGUAUUACAUGAUAUUUUCUGGUACGAUUUCCUAAAAUUCAAUUAUAAUUGUGAUUUUAAAUGAUAAGUGAUAAUAUUGAAGAUAUUUUUUUGUAAAAACACGUGGUUCUCAUGAGUAGGUUUGUACAAGUUGAGCGCUCGUGGAGAAUAGACCUCUAUACAUACUUAUACUAAGUUUCGAUGUACGGUUUGGCGCGGUGUUCAAAAUUUUAUUAUUGUGAAUUGUUUAUACAUAUACAAACUGGUGUGUGCUAGUGCUGUUCAGUUGACGAUACAUAAUUCAAAUCAAUAUGUUUGAAAUAAUAAGAAAUAAUAUGAGCUGGAAACAGUGGUGGAUCAUCCUGACAGUGGUAUCAAAAUUGAUAUCAGGAUAUCGACAAGGGCCAUCACACAUCGUGUUCAUCAUGGUCGAUGAUAUGGGUUGGAAUGACGUAUCUUUCCACGGUUCAGAUCAGAUCCUGACGCCAAACAUUGAUGCCCUAGCGUAUCACAGUGUAAUAUUACAACAAUACUACAGUGAAGCUAUCUGCACCCCAGCCCGCACUGCACUUCUCACGGGGAAAUACCCCAUGCGGUUGGGAAUGCAUGGUCAGCCUCUAUUUAACUCUGAAGAUCGAGGCAUACCGUUGACUGAGCGUCUUCUGCCAUCGUACUUGAAGGACUUGGGCUACUCCACUCACCUAGUGGGAAAGUGGCACGUCGGGAUGUCCAAGCCGGAGUAUCUUCCGACCUCGCGAGGCUACGAUCAUCACUACGGCAUGCGAGGCGGUUACGUCGACUAUUACACUUACAACAAAGUCGAAACGUGGCCAAAUGGACGACUAAUGUUCGGUCUAGAUCUGUACGAUGAUGCAAUACCGCAAGAUUUCGAACAACGGUACAUUGUGGACGCACUCACCGAGAAAGCAGUUAAAAUAAUCCACCAUCACAACGCGUCGCAGCCUCUAUUCCUGCACGUGACGCACAACGCGCCGCACGCGGGCAACGCCGGGGGAGCGUUGCAGCCGCCGCUGUACUCCGCCGUCAAGCACCAGCACAUCGCCAACUCGGAUAGAAGACUUUAUGCUGAAAUUGUGACACACGUGGAUCGUAGUGUCGGCAAAAUAGUUCAAGCUCUCUCAAAUAGAGGAAUUCUUGACGAUACUAUUAUAGUGUUCGCUUCCGACAAUGGAGCGCCGACGGUCGGGGACUUAAGGAACUGGGGCGUCAACUUACCCUUCAGGGGAAAGAAAUAUACGCCUUGGGAGGGAGGAGUGAGGGUCCCGGCGUUUAUAUGGCAGUCUGCCCUCAGGCCGAGAGUUUGGCAAGGAUUGAUGCACAUUUCUGACUGGCUACCCACUUUAAUUACGGCAGCUGGAGGAAAAGUACCCACUGGUAUAGACGGAGUCAGUCAGUGGGAGUCCAUAGUACAAAGUUCGGCAUCUAAACGUAGUGAAGUUUUAAUAGCUAUAGAAGAUAGCAAUACUAAUUCAUGGGCAGCCUACAGAGCAGGGGAUUACAAAAUUGUGGUAGGAAACGUCACAGGAGUUAGUAACGGUUAUUACGGAUCAGAACUAUUGGCGAAUAAAAAAACUCCACCCGAAUAUUAUCCUUCUUUAUUAUCCUGUUCAGUGACGAAAGCUUUUGAAGAUGUUGGACUGUAUUUAGAUUUUAAUACUGUGAGAAGUACAAGGAAAGAGGCUACAAUUAAGCAAGAGGACACUGUAAGAGAUGCCACACCUUGUGUUCCUACUCCUACUCGAGGUUGUCUUUUCAACGUUCGUCGAGACCCUUCAGAGAGUCACGACCUUUGGAAUCGUGCGGGGAAAAUUGCUACGUUGCUUACCAGCCGACUCAGGGGUCUUUGGGCCACACAGCAACGACGAGGCACUCCCAGGCUCAAUGUAGCCGCCGAUCCUGCCAACUACAACUACGUGUGGACCCCAUGGCUCACACAAAAUAACGUCACCAAUCAAAUCAAUGCCAAUACCAAUGAUGGAAGAAUUAAUAACUUUAACCUGUCGUUCGACUUCAGCCAACAAAAGACUGGAAGCAAGAACACGACAGUUGCAGCCGUCAUCAACUGCGACGGGGAGUUGUUCGACAAUGUUUUGAAAGAUUUCGUUUUCCAAUACCUGGAGACACUUUUUAUGUGUCAGGAAUCUUUGAGAUGCCAUUUAAUGUUUAACGAUAUGUUUCGAGAUCGACUUCAAAGAGAUUUGCUGUAAGGUAUGAUUGUUCUUUACUGGUAAUUGCAUCGAUUUAUCUUCACUUAGUUACCUACUGUUACCAAAAUGUCAUCUAUGUAGACAAAGUCACUUCAUCAAUAUCAUUAAUAUUAAGUCUCUCUAAGCUUACGUUAAAAUACUAUAAGUGUAAGUAUUAGUAGAGCCAGUGUUGUGUAGUGAUUAUAAUUAUGUAUUUGUAUUUUAAUGUGACGUUUUAUUGUUGAUCUGUUAUUUAUUGUAGAUGAUAAAUAGGUAGAUUGAACUAGCUCACCAACCUUCUUACAGAACCAUAUUAGUCUACGAACACCUAUAACACAUACCAUAGACCGUAACGUAAAGCGUCGUGGAAGGUCCGUCCAUAAUAUUAUAGGAAAAUAUUUAUUAUGAAAUUCCGACGAUAUCCAUACUUUCUACAUUCUACCUUGCCAAAUUGCGUGUGAUUUAAGAGUUAUGACAUUCUUUUGUACACAAGUUACUUCUAGAAGAUCUAAGUUCCUCAACAGACAGUUCUUGUAUUAUGGGCGGUACGUUCUACAGACUUGAAGCUUGUGUACCCAAAGGCAGCCUUGGGUUUACUCCAACGGAUCGUGAUUUGGUACAAAACAUAAAACGUCCUUCUAAACGGUCAUGGUCCAAAUAAAUGCGUAUCACCAUGACUUAUUACCCUUUCGAUAUUAAAAAAAAGAUCAUUCGCUUUUUGUCAGUCAACACGUGCCCCCGUUUUUGUAAUGAAAAUUCGUUUUACCGAUUUUGAUUAAAUCACGAUCCGAUUAAUCAAUGUGAAAUACGAGUAACUACGAUCGAUUUCACUAAGCGUACCUAAUGAAGUAGUUUGUUUGUGAAAAUCCGAUAAAUGUUCUGUAUUAGUAUUAAAUAUAGGUACCUAUGUUGUUUUUAAACUUAUAAAGUAAUUUUUUGUGAUAUUUAGCAUUAAGGGCCCAUUAAAUAGUUAAUUCAUUAAACUUUAAAAACCAAGG